GUCAAUAGCUUUCCCCGCAAGUCAAAACCUUCUCUCUCCUCUCCGCCAUGGCAACAUUCGCCACCAACGGACAGCUUACCACGCUACCGGCGGUUUCAACCACCGGCUGUCAUCUCUCCACUAGCCGUAAAUAUUCCGCUCCUUCUUCCUCUUACGAACUCCGCUACAACGCUCCUUCCCCUCGCUUCCCAUCUCUUACAUGUUGCUGCAGCUCACCUAACCGGAGCACGGAGCCUUCGUCUAGGGGCCAUCUCCUUCAAUCGCUGGGGAAGUCUCUUUUCUUCGGCUCGAUUUCGUCUCUAUUCUCGACGAAUUUCAGCGGCGGAGGAGGAGGAGGAGGCGACGGGAACUUGGGUGGAUCUGGAGGAGGCAGAGGUGGAGGAGAUGGUGGCUUAUGGAGGGACUUGUUCUCUCUUGCGACUCCAGUGGCUGUCGCAGCCGAGGAGCACUCACCGGAGUGGGAUUCUCACGGAUUACCGGCGAACAUUGUGGUUCAGCUGAACAAACUCAGUGGUUUAAAAAAGUACAAAAUCUCCGACGUUCUCUUCUUUGACCGGCAGAGCAAAACCACCGCCUCAGCAGAAGAUUCCUUCUCUGAGAUGGUACCGAUUCAUCCAGGAAAAGUCUACACAAAAGAUCAACUUCAGAAUGAGCUAGAAACCCUAACUACUUCGGGGAUGUUCGAAAAAGUCGAUCUCUUGGGGAACACGAAACCUGACGGAGCCCUAGGUCUCACAUUCUCUUUCAUUGAGAGCACGUGGAAAAACGCGGAGAGGUUCCGUUGCAUCAACGUCGGGCUAAUGACACAACCUAACCCGAUAGCUCCCGAUUCAGACAUGACGGACAGAGAGAUGAUUGAGUACAUGAGGAACCAGGAUAAAGAAUACAAACGGAGGAUCGAGAAGGCGAGACCUUGUUUGCUUCCAGGACCGGUUCAAAGAGAGAUGAUGCUUAUGCUUAGGGACCAGAGGAAUGUUAGUUCGAGGCUUCUGCGGAGGAUCGGUGAUAAAGUUUUGAAAUGGUAUCAAGACAAUGGGUAUGCGUAUGCUAAUGUUACCAACUUUGGGAGCUUGAACAGCAAGGAACUUGUCUGUGAAGUUUCGGAAGGAGACAUAACAAGGCUUGUUAUCCAGUUUCAAGACAAGCUUGGUUAUGUCGUUGAAGGUAACACACAGAUUUCUAUCAUCCACAGGGAAAUUCCCAAACAGCUUCGUCCAGGUAAUGUGCUCAACAUGGAAGCUGCGAACCAAGCUGUGAAGAACAUUUUUUCUUUAAACUUGUUCUCUAACGUCGAGAUCAAUCCACGUCCUGAUGAGAAGAACGAAGGAGGUGUUGUUGUUGAGAUAAAGCUUAGGGAGGCUGAUCGGAAAUCAGCAGAAGUCAGUACAGAAUGGAGUAUUGUUCCUGGACCUGGAGGAGCUCCUUCGUUGGCUUCGCUCCAGCCAGGUGGAUCUGUUAGUUUCGAACAUAGGAACAUCCACGGUCUUAACCGAUCUCUCAUGGGUUCAGUGACCACUAGCAACCUCUUAAAUCCUGAGGAUGAUCUUGCGUUUAAGCUUGAGUAUGUACACCCACAUGUAGACGGUGUUAACAAUCCUAGAAACCGUGUCUUCAAAACGAGCGCCUUCAACAGCAGAAAACUUAGCCCAGUGUUCACUGGGGGACCCGGAUUUGAGGAACUAGUGUCUCCAUUGUUGGUGGACCGAGUUGGUGUAAAAGCUAAUAUUACUGAGAACUUCACCCGUCAGAGUAAAGCCACUUAUGGACUUGUUUUAGAAGAGAUAACAACCAGAGAUGGAAACAGUGAAAUCUCUACAAAUGGUGUGAGGUUAUUACCUAGUGGAGGAACCAGUGUUGAUGGACCUCCAACAACUCUAAGUGGCACUGGUAUUGAUCGUGUAGCCUUUCUACAAGCCAACGUAACCAGAGACAAGACCAAGUUUGUGAAUGGUGCUAUUGUUGGAGAUAGGACUGUGUUUCAGGUGGAUCAAGGGUUGGGUAUAGGAAACAAGUUCCCUUUCUUCAACCGCCAUCAACUAAGUUUGACGAAAUUCAUUCAGCUUAAGCGUGUUGAACAAGGAUCCGGUAAACCACAACCGCCUGUGCUAGUCCUCAAUGGCCAUUACGGUGGCUGUGUAGGUGAUCUUCCAAGCUACGAGGCCUUUGGUAUUGGUGGACCUUACUCUGUUCGUGGCUACACCAUGGGAGAGCUAGGUGCCUCGAGAAACAUCCUCGAGUUGAGUGCUGAGAUUAGAGUCCCUGUGAAGAACACACAUGUGUAUGCAUUUGCUGAGCAUGGUAACGAUUUAGGGAGCUCAAAGGAUGUGAAAGGGAAUCCGACAGAGGCUUACAGGAGAAUGGGACAUGGCUCAUCGUAUGGUUUUGGUGUGAAACUCGGUCAAGUACGUGCUGAGUAUGCUGUAGAUCACAAUCGUGGAACCGGCGCUUUUUUUCUCCGGUUUGGAGAGAGGUAUUGA